GGAAACGUUCGAGACGCGUCGUAGAUCCCGUUUGCGGCGGAGAAAAGCGAGCCGGAGUGCAAUGGCUGCCCGCUGUCUGGAUGAAUUGUUCCGAGUUUGACCCUUCCGACAAAGGCAAGCUCGCGCCGGGUGCGACGAACAAACGCGACAAGUGCAAACACCAGCAAGACAUCGCAGCGAUGAGCGUCAUCAGGCGAGUCAUGGUGAGCCGAAAGCCGCGGCCGGUUGCCGCCCCGGAGCGCAAGCUAUGCAACUACAUGCACCGCGUGUGUCUCCAAGCGAGAGUCGAGGGCUACGAGUACUGCAUGCGGCAUAUUCUUGAGGACAAGAGCGCUCCUUUUCGACAGUGCGCGUACACCCACGCUCAAAGCGGGCGCCGGUGCGCCUAUGCGGCGCCGAAAACCGACAAACGCGAGUCGCUGUGCCAGUUUCACGCGCGAAAAGCUCUCCAGCACCGUCGCUCGUCCGGCAAAAAGCAGCACCUCGUCGAAACGCCGCAGAAGGUGAUCGAGACAUUAGAGCACUACUGCAGAGACCCGCAGCAUUCCGUGGACCAAUCGGACACCGCGAGAAACACGGUGAAGUUUUACGACGUCGAAAGCGACGAUGAGCCUCCCACGAUCGGCGAGUUCCCAGCGUGCGCGGCGGGAGACAGCGAUGCCGACAGUCUCGACAACGACUUGGACGAUCCGCUCCGGCACGCCGGCGUAUACACCGUCGAGGAAGCCUCGUCGAUCACCCGUGAUAAGCUUGUGCGACUGCAGAGGUUGUACUUGAACCAGUUUAAGAGACUUACGGACGUUCUGAUGGAGAAGCGCGCUCUGUACCUCCGCAACAGGGGGGCAUCGGGGUCCGUGUCCAAGGACUUCGCUUCGCCUCAGGAGGAGGCGCUGUACAAGCGUUACCGCGCCUAUUACCGAUACCACCGCACCUACGGUGCCGAAGCCGUUCUCAAAGACAGGCUCAAGGAGAAGCAGAAGAGCGCGCGUACUGGCGUACCCGUAAUUGACGAGGGCGUGACUUGCAACCAGGCAGGGUGUAGCAAUACGGCCAUUCCGUUGUCGAGGUUCUGCCGCUCGCACAUCCUUAACGACCGCAAACAACAGCUGUUCGAGCGCUGCGAUGGCGACAGCAACAAUGGCCUACCUUGCAGCACUGUUUUGUUGAAAGUCCGCGGACCGCGCGACGUCUGUUUGAUACAUGCCGCGCCCAACCCAUCGCUGGACUGCAGUGUUACCGAAAGCAAAGGCAGCACUGAGAAUGUGCACGUUGACGUCGAGAGCACGGUGGAUAUGGACAUUCCGGAAAUCGAGCAUUUCCAAUCCAUGGACGACAUUGCUGCCCUGGGCUUGGAUGUGGUGCAGCCUGGUUGCCUCUUUGGCCUAAACCAGUUUGGAGACCCCGGUGAAUCGACAGACUCAGCCCUGUCAGACGAUGGGGGCACUAGCAGUAUCAUAGGCUUGGGAGCGCCGCCGGACAUAUUAGACGAUGUGGACGUCGUCAAGUGACAACCAGCCGAAUACCAGUGUGAACCGCAUUUUCAACACCCUUUGCAGGCGAAACUGAAUCUGUUGACCGACUAGUCCAGUUUCAUUGUGAGAAUAGCAUUAAAUUAAAAUGUUGGCUAAGUUG